AAGAUUGUCAGGUAAUUGUCAGUUCUUAUUCCAAAAACAUCCAUAAAACUCCAACGCUCUCUUUCUCUCUCUCCGCUCAAAAUAUAGAAAAAAAAAUAAAUAAAAAAGAAAUUGGAAAUCGAGAAAAGUGAAAACUUGAUCAGAUCAGAAACAGUUCUCAGUUUCCUGCUUUCAUUUUUUUUUUUUUCAAAAAAAUUGCUUUGAAUUUCGUAAUCGAACGCCGAAGAUUGAAAAAAACAUGCGUUUGAUCUGUUUUAUGUUUCAUUCCAAACACUUCCGAGAAGGUAGGUGCUUCGACAGGAUGGGCAGCUGGACUACAGAGUUUUUGGUGGAUAGCAAAUACUAGAGGAUCUAUAAGGUUUACCUGGCUGAAUUAUGGCAUCUGCAAGCCUAGGAAAUGGCGGAGUAGGUAGUUCCAGGUCUAUCAAUGGUUUCAAAAGUUCGUCUAGUUCUGUUGAUUGGCUGGGGAGAGAAAUGCUUGAAAUGAGAUUGAGAGACAAGGUGGACCAUGAUGAAGACAGAGAUAGUGAACCAGAUGUAGUUGAUGGAGUAGGUACUGAAACAGGGCAUGUAAUAAGAACGACCAUUGGUGGUCGAAAUGGUCAAUUAAAGCAGAAUGUCAGUUAUAUCGCUGAGCAUGUGGUUGGAACUGGUUCUUUUGGUGUUGUUUUCCAAGCAAAAUGUCGUGAAACUGGAGAAAUUGUUGCCAUCAAGAAGGUUCUUCAAGACAAGCGCUACAAGAAUAGGGAAUUGCAGAUUAUGCAAAUGCUGGACCAUCCAAAUAUUGUUUCCCUUAAGCAUUAUUUUUUCUCAAAAACAGACAAGGAAGAACUCUACCUCAAUCUCGUUCUUGAGUAUGUGCCUGAAACUGUUAAUCGCACAGCAAGAAGCUACAGCCGGAUCAACACGCGAAUGCCUUUAAUAUAUGUUAAACUCUAUACCUAUCAGAUUUGCAGAGCACUUGCCUAUAUACACAACUGUAUUGGAAUAUGUCACCGUGACAUCAAACCUCAAAACUUACUUGUGAAUCCACAUACUCAUCAGCUGAAACUUUGUGAUUUUGGGAGUGCAAAAGUGCUGGUGAAGGGAGAACCCAAUGUUUCUUACAUUUGCUCAAGAUAUUAUCGUGCUCCAGAACUCAUAUUUGGUGCUACUGAAUACACAACUGCUAUAGAUAUAUGGUCUACUGGUUGUGUGAUGGCUGAAUUGCUUCUUGGGCAGCCAUUGUUUCCUGGUGAAAGCGGGGUCGACCAACUAGUUGAAAUCAUUAAGGUUUUGGGGACUCCAACCAGGGAGGAGAUCAAGUGCAUGAACCCAAACUACACUGAAUUCAAGUUCCCCCAGAUAAAGCCACAUCCAUGGCAUAAGGUCUUCCAAAAGCGUUUACCUCCAGAAGCAGUAGACCUUGUCUGUAGGUUUUUUCAGUACUCUCCCAAUUUGCGAUGCACUGCUUUGGAGGCUUGCAUUCACCCUUUCUUUGAUGAACUGAGGGACCCAACCACUCGCCUUCCCAAUGGCCGCCCGCUUCCACCACUCUUCAAUUUCAAGCCUCAAGAGCUCUCUGGCAUUCCUCCUGAAGUUGUCAAGAAACUUAUUCCAGAGCAUGCUCGUAAGCAGAACUUAUUCAUGGCGCUGCACACUUAACAACUUUUCCAAGUUUUCUCUGCUUCUACUAGCCAAUCCCACGCCGUUUUGAUUAGUGUCAACUUAUGUAAAAAAAAAAAACCCCUUUCCUUGCCCGUCUUCUGUCAUCGUUCUAGUAAGAACCACUGUUUGAAAACAAGUCGAAGGAGACCCGAGAGGCCUUGAUUGCUGGUGAAGCUGUUUUUUCUGUUCAUUAUGAAGACAAUUUUAAUUACUAUUAACUUUUUAUGUAUAUUUAUUUGUGUUCCCUGUUGUGGGAGGUUUUUAGUGAGAUUAAAAUCAUGAGAAUGUGUAUUUUUAUCCUGUGCUGAAAAGUUUUCAUGUUGGUACUUAGCUUCAUUCUUCACUCAAUUUCUUUUUAGUGAGAUUAAAAUCAUGAGAAUGUGUAUUUUUAUCCUGUGCU